AUGUCUCUUUCCACUCCGCCCGCUCCUGUUCCCCGAAUUCCAGGGAAUUAUAUAGAAAACGGCCGGGAAUAUCACGCAUUUCGGAAAGGGAAAUAUCUAUUCCCAUGCGACGAGACAGAGAUGGAUCGCAUGGACAUAUAUCACAAGUUUUUCUCUGUGGCAAGGCGUGAAGCAUUACAUUCAGCCCCUUUGACGCCGAACUUUGAUGGCCCCCGGAUAUUAGACCUAGGGACAGGCACCGGGAUAUGGGCAAUCGAUAUGUGCGAGAGCCAAUACAGAAACGCAGAAGUCCAGGGCGUAGAUCUAACGCAAAUACAACCAGAACAGAUUCCCCCAAAUUUGACUUUCUUGCAAAGAGAUAUCGAGGGGGCAUGGCACGGCAUGGGUGAAGAAUCGUGGGAUCUGAUCCAUAUGCGAAUGCUUAAUGGCUGCAUUGAAAAUUGGCGGGACAUAUAUACUAAAAUCUUCAGGCACCUGAAACCAAACUUUGGAUGGGUUGAGCACGUCGAAAUUGAUAUGCUUCCUCGCUGUGACGAUGGGACACUUCCGCUAAACUCUCAGCUGGUCAACUGGACUCGCGCUAUCUACGAAGCUACGGAACUGGCCUACCGUCCAAUGGCCUACAACACCCAGACUCGGGCAAUGCUUGAGAGCGUAGGCUUUGUAGAUAUCUCGGAAGAGGUAAUCAAAAUACCAUUGAACCCUUGGCCUACAGAUCCACAUCUGAAGGACAUUGGACGAUGGUACAAUUUAGGGCUCACUCAAGGACUAGAAGCCCUCUCGUUGGCACCACUAAUGAGAGUCAAGAAUUGGAAAAGAUCAGAAGUGGACCAAAUUGUCCAAGAAGUGAAGAUGGAGGUUUGCUCCAAGAGAAUCCACGCCUAUUGCAAUAUGCAUAUCUGGAUCGCCCGCAAACCCGCCGCCUAA